AUGGAGAAACAACUCAGAAGAAGUUUGACUAAGCAGGACCGAAAAAGACGACAUAGCAAAAUUGUCUUAACUGACCGAGGCGUUGUUAACUCAAAGCACAGGAAGGAAGAUGAUGAUGAGAGUCCCAAAAUAACCAAUUUAUCAAUGCUAUUUCUUACCGAAGUGGCCAAGCAACUCAGUUUGAUCGACAUGUAUAACUUCUGGGCUUCUUUCAAACAGGCCAAAAAGGCUGUAGAUCAUUUGUGGAUUUCUCAACGCUCACUAAGCCUUUCCCCUCAAGUCCUGAAGCACUUUUAUCCUGAUUGCAUUGAGUUGAGCUCACCUUAUUUUCACUGGUUCAAUGUUGUUUAUGAAAUUAUUGAACUGUGUGGUUUCUUACCUCAUAAUCGUUUGAGAGCUCUUGAUUUUGAAGGAUGCUGUUCGUUAGAUUGGUCUCUAUUCAAUGAUUGUCUUGAGGAAAAUAGCGUCUCUGUCUUGGGUUUAUUUUCCAAUAUUGAAGUGAUAAGUUUCAAAAACUGUAUAGUAUCUAGUGACGAUUUUGUGGAGAUGGCAAAGACAAUGACCCACAUCCGAAGAAUCACUCUAACUGAAAGCCUAUUCCAUAUAUAUCCUGAAGAAGUCUUGACUAUCCAAUCUGUUGAAGUGGAGAACGGCUUCAAGCUCAAAAAAGGCAAUACACUGAACAAGAAUCGUGAGAAAACACUGAACUUUCUCGCUACUCUGUUUCCUGAACUUGAAUCAGUAACUCUCCUACCUUGA